GUAAAACACGGAGAAGAUGUAAAGAAUAAGUAUGGCUCGGAUGACGAGAGUGAUGAUGAGGGAGCUGAAGAGACGGCGGAUAACAGUACAACAGCAGAACAAGCAACUGGCAAUAAGGAAUUAGUGAUAUACAAGCAGUUGAUGCUGCAUCUGAAGCCAGAAGAAACUGUUCAGAAGGCACUCAAGAGGUUGGGAGGCGGUAAAAAGCUGACAUCUGCUCAGAAAUGGAAGCUAAAGAAGCAACAAAAACAAAAUUCAGAGCCUGAGAGCAGCGGGAACAUGGAGGCGAUGCUGCAACUCACUGAGCUUGUGAACAAAAUUGUGGAGCUGGGCAACAUGGACGUCUAUCAGGAAACUUAUGAAAUGAUCUCCGUUAAAGUGAAGCGUGCAGAGAACAACGAGCCUGCCUUGGAUAUGUUCGCCGAGGUGAGCGAGGCGGCGAAGCAGGGAGAGGCGGCGCUGGGAGGCUCUGCACUGGAGGAGGUGCGGUGGCAGCUACGCUGGGAGAACAAGGAUGAAGCUGAGCUCGAAGGUCCCUACACGGCCAGUGAGCUGGUCAAGUGGCAGGAGAGCGGCAAGCUAAGCAAGGGCGCCUAUGUCAGGAAAAUGGGUAGCAGUGAUACCGCCUGGUAUCACACUAACAGGAUUGACUUCGAACUCUACGUCUAAACUCUCCGGCGUGAACCUUAGUUAAGAAACCAAAAUAGUUGGUCGAUAGUAUUUUGAUUAUUAUGUUCUCUCAUUGAGUUUUUCGUUACAUGUUUCGAAUUUAUUGGCUAAAACUUUCCGACAACAUAACAAAUUACUACUUGAAAUUGCCCUAAGUAAGGUCCUCAAAAUGAACCGUUGCAAAAAUGUUUGAUUAAUAUUAUGUUAUCUUGGUUUUUUGUCUUACAUCUUUUUCGUGCGAAUAUUGACUUGUGAAACUGUUUGUGUGACAAAGCCUAAUUCAAUUUCAAUCGUGUAUAAUAUAUCGAAAUGAAAUAAACGUUUUGUUUGACCA